UAACAAGUUAAUAAUGAAAAAAUAAAUAAAUUUUAAAGUAGUUUAUAUUUAAAUUAAAAGAAGUAUUUCUGACAUAUUAUCUAAAUUGAUUUAAAAAGUUAAAGACUGAUCUUAUUUUAUGUGUUUAUAGCGUGCGCGUGUGUGUGUCGUUUGUUUAGAAAAGCAUACAAUAUAAAUAUAUACACAUAUAUACACAUAACACAUAUAUAGUAUGCAUUGCAUCAUUUGAUAAAGAUAAAAAUGAAGAAAAAUAAAGAUAUUUGAUAAUAUAAAUUUAUAUUUUUAUGAAAAACGGCCCUAUAUAUCGUCUGGUAAUAUUAGUAUUAUUUGUUCGAUAAAUAAAUUAUAUCAUAUUUUUGUUAAUUAAUUUAUUAGAACUAAAUAUAUGUCAAAAUUAUGUUAAAAUAAUAUUGUUAACAGGUGUGGUAUAUUAUUAAUUCAUAAUAAUGUGAUUGAUAUAUUGUAAAUAUAUAUAUAAUACUUUAAAUCGAAUGCUAUUAUAGAAGAGUAUUAUAUAAAAUACGGUUAGGUUAUUUAAUAUAAAUGUCAUUUUCUGCCGUUACGUUUAUUUUCUAAUUGAUAUUCUGUGAAUUUAUAUUUUGUAAAUAAUAUUCCUAUACGUACGUACGUACGUACGUAUAUAUAUAUUAAUAACAUAUUUAAAAAUACGAUAUAAAAUAUAAAUUAUAAAAAUAUAAACAAAUUUAAUGCAUAAUUUCAAAAGAUCGCUAUAUAAUAUGAAAUAAUACGUAACCUUAAUGAUUAUAACCUAAAUAAAAGUAGAAAAUUUGACUUUAAAAAAAAAGAAAAAAAGAAAAUCAGUGGCUUAAAAUAAUAAAUAUUUUAAUAAGUAAGCUUAGUGAAGUGUUUUAGUUUUCUUUACUUUUUUUAUUUGUUUAAUUUGAAAGUGUGAAAGUGUAAAUAAUUUAACUAUUUUUCUGUGGAAUAUUUUUACUAAUUUAUAUUAUAAAAUUAACAAUUGUUUAUAUUAUAGAAUUUUAGAACACAAGUAAAUAUAAAUCUCACAUAUAGUUUCUCUCUAUAUUAAUUUUCAUAGUUUUGUUAUUUUGAAGAUUAUUCUUUUUAAAAUUAUACGAUAUAAUUAGAAGAAUUAUAAUAAUGCAGAAAUAUUUAAAUUCAUAAUAAUUUUUGUAUUUAAAUAUAUUGAUAAACAUUCAUAAUAAUAAUAAUCCAUUUUGAAUAUAUUUUGUUUCAUAAUAAGAUUUAAUUAUCUAUAUUACUAAUUCAGAAUAUAUAAUAAUAUUAUUUAACUAUAUUACGGAAAUCGACAAUGUGGAAUUUAUAGUAGUCUAAUCUCGCGGUUUGUGUUAAAAACAAAUAUCGUGAUACAGUAUUUAAAAAACUUGGUGAGAAAAGAAAAUUCAUCAACCGAAGCACAUGUAAAUUUAUUACGGGCACAAUUGCUCAAUUUUUUUCUCUAGAUAAAGUCGACAUAAAAGUCCAAGAUAAUAUCGUAUGGAUUUUUUCAAUUGCCAUUAACAAAUGCAACAAUUUAUAAUGAAAUGACAACACAUUAGAAUCCAUUGCAUUGUUUUUUUGUGAAAGUGAUGAAGGAAUGAAGUUUUGACUUUAAUGUUCUUAAAUGUCGUGAAAAAAUUCAUCCAAUAUACUUGUCGUUGCACACUGUCAAUAUAUACAGGUGUAUACCUUAAGAUGUUAUGCAGAAGCACGACCGAAAUUAACUUUAAUUCUAUUUUAUCAUCUUUAAACGUAAGUAAUGUAAAACAAAGGAAGAAAUUUAGUUACUGGAUAUAGGAACCUUUGGUCCUUCCGUAAAACGUGUAUCUAAAAAUAUAAUGGCAGUAAAAUACAAAGUUUGGUUUAAACAUUCAUCAGGUUAAAAUAUUCAUUUUUCUUUUUUCAUUAGAAUAUUAAAACAGACAGAAUCUAGCAUCGUUGUUUUUGUUCUUCUUUUACGAUUAUAUAUAAUAAACGUACAUUUUCAUAUAUUUUUAUACUUUUUACGUUUCAUUUGUGCAUUUGCCAGCGAUACAAAAUUGUCAAAAGAAUUUAGUUGUGAAUAUUAAUUUAGAUUAAAAUGAUUUAAGCGUAUCGAAACAAUAUUAAAAUUAACUUGUCACAUAACAGGAUGAAUAAGAUAAAAUAGUAAGCAUUGGUAAGAAGAUUGGUAUGAAAUAUUUGUAUGAAAUAUUCAUUUUACUCAAAUAAAAUUUUAGAUUUCGAUAAUUUAACUACGGAUAAUGCAGAUACACAUGUCUCGAGAUGAUACUUUAACAGUUGAAAGUUGAGAUGGAAAUAGAUUUUAUUUGGAUUCAACGACUCAAAUUAAAAUCUUUAAAAUCUACAAUUUUACCACAGAGUGUCAUUGAAAAUUGUGAAAUUGGAUGUGAUCGUUUCUUAUUAGAGGAUAAUAUGAUAUCUAAUAUAUUUUUAUGUAUUUAACAUAUUUCAGUGAUAGACAAUAAUAGAGAUUGGCAUGGUGAAAUUAGAUAGAAGUUUGAAAAUGAUACGAUAAGCGAUAUGUAAUUGAACAAAUAAAUCAUAGAAAGAUUUGAAGAUAAAUUUAUGAGAGAAAGUAAAUAUGAAUUUGAUGAUAUUUUCAUUAAUGGUAUUUUUACGCAUUUAGAAGCAUUCAAAAAAAAAAAAGCAGAAAUACAAUGUAAUACUAGCAAUUUGAAAAAUAAUUUGAUAAUUAAAAAGGAAAAGAGAUCAGAAAGCUGAAAAAACUGAUUGAAGCAAAUGUAUAUAUACGUAUAUAUAUAUAUAUAUAUAUAUAUAUAUAUAUACAUUUGUAUAUGUAUAUAUAUAAACGGAUAAUAUAUAUUAAAACUGUCAUAUUUCACAUGGAACGCAAUAAUAUAAAUUAUUGUAUUAUCUAAAAAAUUAUAUUACACACUUACAAUACUGAUAUUACUAUCAUUAGUUUGAUCAAUCAAGGUCUAACUUGUAAUUUAAUGUAUAAUCACAAAAAUUUUUUUAUACUUGUAAAGAAAUUGAAUUAUUAUGAAAGAUUUGAUUUCAAUGAAAACUUAUAUAUAGCCAUACAUUGAAAUGUUAUAUGUAAAAUAAUUUAUUUUUGGAUAAAAAAUUUCUUUAAAUAUGUGAAAUCAACUCCCAUGUUUUAUAAGCAAUUUCUUCUGAAAAUAUCCUUAUUUCUAUCUCCGAUGGUAGAAUUAAAUAUUUUAUAAUUUAAAAUUUUGCAUUAUCUUGAAUCAUUAUGAAAUGAAAUUAUGUAAAGAAGAAAAAUAAUAUUGAAACUUGAAAAAUUGAUUUCACUGCUUUGAAAUGAUGUUCCAUAAUAAAAAAAUGGUUUCAUAUUAUUAUACUCGCAAUGUUUCAUAUAAAAUAAAAUUAUCGUUGAUUUCGAUAAAAAAAUUUCGAUAAAAAAAUUUUACACAAAUUUAAUUGAAUUUGUGUAAAAUGUAUGAAAACUUCUGCGACUGAUUGUAUACAUAAAGUUCUUAUUAACAAGUUAAUAAUGAAAAAAUAAAUAAAUUUUAAAGUAGUUUAUAUUUAAAUUAAAAGAAGUAUUUCUGACAUAUUAUCUAAAUUGAUUUAAAAAGUUAAAGACUGAUCUUAUUUUAUGUGUUUAUAGCGUGCGCGUGUGUGUGUCGUUUGUUUAGAAAAGCAUACAAUAUAAAUAUAUACACAUAUAUACACAUAACACAUAUAUAGUAUGCAUUGCAUCAUUUGAUAAAGAUAAAAAUGAAGAAAAAUAAAGAUAUUUGAUAAUAUAAAUUUAUAUUUUUAUGAAAAACGGCCCUAUAUAUCGUCUGGUAAUAUUAGUAUUAUUUGUUCGAUAAAUAAAUUAUAUCAUAUUUUUGUUAAUUAAUUUAUUAGAACUAAAUAUAUGUCAAAAUUAUGUUAAAAUAAUAUUGUUAACAGGUGUGGUAUAUUAUUAAUUCAUAAUAAUGUGAUUGAUAUAUUGUAAAUAUAUAUAUAAUACUUUAAAUCGAAUGCUAUUAUAGAAGAGUAUUAUAUAAAAUACGGUUAGGUUAUUUAAUAUAAAUGUCAUUUUCUGCCGUUACGUUUAUUUUCUAAUUGAUAUUCUGUGAAUUUAUAUUUUGUAAAUAAUAUUCCUAUACGUACGUACGUACGUACGUAUAUAUAUAUUAAUAACAUAUUUAAAAAUACGAUAUAAAAUAUAAAUUAUAAAAAUAUAAACAAAUUUAAUGCAUAAUUUCAAAAGAUCGCUAUAUAAUAUGAAAUAAUACGUAACCUUAAUGAUUAUAACCUAAAUAAAAGUAGAAAAUUUGACUUUAAAAAAAAAGAAAAAAAGAAAAUCAGUGGCUUAAAAUAAUAAAUAUUUUAAUAAGUAAGCUUAGUGAAGUGUUUUAGUUUUCUUUACUUUUUUUAUUUGUUUAAUUUGAAAGUGUGAAAGUGUAAAUAAUUUAACUAUUUUUCUGUGGAAUAUUUUUACUAAUUUAUAUUAUAAAAUUAACAAUUGUUUAUAUUAUAGAAUUUUAGAACACAAGUAAAUAUAAAUCUCACAUAUAGUUUCUCUCUAUAUUAAUUUUCAUAGUUUUGUUAUUUUGAAGAUUAUUCUUUUUAAAAUUAUACGAUAUAAUUAGAAGAAUUAUAAUAAUGCAGAAAUAUUUAAAUUCAUAAUAAUUUUUGUAUUUAAAUAUAUUGAUAAACAUUCAUAAUAAUAAUAAUCCAUUUUGAAUAUAUUUUGUUUCAUAAUAAGAUUUAAUUAUCUAUAUUACUAAUUCAGAAUAUAUAAUAAUAUUAUUUAACUAUAUUACGGAAAUCGACAAUGUGGAAUUUAUAGUAGUCUAAUCUCGCGGUUUGUGUUAAAAACAAAUAUCGUGAUACAGUAUUUAAAAAACUUGAUAAAGUCGACAUAAAAGUCCAAGAUAAUAUCAUAUGGAUUUUUUCAAUUGCCAUUAACAAAUGCAACAAUUUAUAAUGAAAUGACAACACAUUAGAAUCCAUUGCAUUGUUUUUUUGUGAAAGUGAUGAAGGAAUGAAGUUUUGACUUUAAUGUUCUUAAAUGUCGUGAAAAAAUUCAUCCAAUAUACUUGUCGUUGCACACUGUCAAUAUAUACAGGUGUAUACCUUAAGAUGUUAUGCAGAAGCACGACCGAAAUUAACUUUAAUUCUAUUUUAUCAUCUUUAAACAUAUGUACCGUAUCAAUCAUACAAGGAUUUGGAUUGAUAUUUAAAGAUCUUUUUCCUCGUUUUGGGUUCAAUGCAACUCAAGGGACGAUUAUUAUUAAUACAAGUUUUUCUUUUGGUAUGAUACUUGGAUUGGUGAAUGGUCCAUUGUUACGGAACUAUGGAUAUAGGAAAAUGGCUAUAAUUGGUAGCUUAUUCUUCAGUAUUGGAGUAAUUAUAACGGCAUUUAUCAAUUCUUUUACUUUUUUCAUAUUAUUCUAUGGUAUAUUCACGUCAUUAGGUACGUAUAUGACGUUGUCUGCUUUUUCAUAUGCAUUGAACUCCUAUUUUACAACGAAGAGAGGACGCGCCAUGUCUUUAGCAAUGACGCUUAUUGGAUUGGGACCUAUAGUUGUACCUCAAGUGACUUCCUUUUUACUUUCAUAUUAUGGAUUUCAGGGAACGAUACUAUUGUAUGGAGCAUUUUCUUUUCAUUCAUUGAUAGGAGCUUUACUACUUCAUCCACUCAAAUGGCAUGUGAAAGAUGCAAUUAAAUCGAAAUCUUCGAAUGAUGAAUCAUUAACGAAAGAAGACAAAAAUAAAAUAUUAGAUCAGAAAGAGACUAUUAUUCAAGAAGAAGUAAAUAUUAAAAAUUCAAUCAUGGAUUUAAAUAAUGUAUCACGAAAAAGAAAAAUAACUCAAGUUUCGAAUAUCGAUCACGAUGCAGAAAUUGGAAGUAUUUAUGGAUUCGAUAUACCUUAUGCUCGUCAAAUGUCAGAAACAUUAAGUGUUUCUAUAGGAGAAAAAGAAGUUGAUAUGUACAAAAUCAUUGAAAAUGGUGAAAUGGGAAAAGACCAUUCAAAAAUUCAAUAUAACAAUCGUCGAUUUAAAAGCAUUGAUACGAUCAAUCUUGGCAGCAGUAUUAAAAUCUUUGAAGAGAAACCUUUGAUAAAAUAUAAUAGUAAAAAUGAAAUUGAUGAUUACAAGAAUAUAAUAAACGAAGAAAACGAUAUAUUACUAACAAAAAACGAUAUAAACGCAACAUCGAAUGCAGAAAAUGAUAAUGGUGAAAAAUUAAAGAAUAAAUCUAUUAUGUCACGAAUAUUGAGGAGGAUAGCAGAAUAUUUUGAUCUCGAUUUAUUGAAGGACCCAGGCUACGUAAAUCUGAUGUUAGGAAUGUCUAUAGCUGUUUUUGCUGAAAUGAAUUUCUCUCAACUAACACCUUUCAUUCUAACGGACAUGAAUAUAUCAACUAAGCAGAUUGCAUAUAUAAUGAGUACCAUUGCAAGUGUAGAUUUGGUGUUUAGAAUUCUUGCUCCUUUUAUCGGGGAAUGGUUUAAUCAACCACCGAAAAUAAUGUACAUGAUGAGUUUAUGUCUUUUAAUUAUCAGUAGAACAUCUUUAUUGUUCAUUAAUGGAUUUGCGUCAUUAUUAAUCGUUGCUUCUGGACUAGGAGCUGCCAAAGGAAUACGUUCAAUAUAUAUGAGUUUAGUAAUACCUUCUUACGUACCAAUCCAUAAAUUACCGAAUGCAUCAGGAAUUCAAAUGAUUGUAAAUGGAAUGCUGCUUUUAUGUGCAGGCCCUAUGCUUGGUAUAAUGCGCGAUAAUUUUGGAAAUUUCGCACCUUCCCUAAUUGUGAUAAAUAGUGUUACAUUAUUUACAGUAAUAAUGUGGACGAUAGAAAUUAUACUUAUUCGAAGAAAAAAAUCACAGAAAUGAAUAGAACAGGAAAUUUCUUGAUUUUAUAUAUUUUAGUAAAAUUUUCAAUUAAUUAAUAUUAUAUAUUCAUCAUAUCACAGCAAUGAUAUUAAUCAUUAUUUAAACGGUUCCAUAUUAUAAAAAAUUUAUUUAUUAUACAUAUUUAUAAAAUAACAAAGAAACAAAAUUUAAAGAUAUAAAAAAAUGAAAAAGAGAAAGAAACAAAAAAUAAAUGCAAUACUCUUUUGUAUCAGAAUUUUUUUUUUUUCAUUUAUUUUAUUAAGAUGAAAAAGUUUAUACGUAUUUUUUACAAAUGAUAUCAAACUUUAUUAUGUAUUUAGUAAAAAAUAUGAUAAUUAUUUAUUAUAAAUUCUUUAUUUUAAUAAUAUUUAUAAUUGGACAUGGAAUAUAGUUAUUAAAAAAAGAGGAACGUAUCAUUUUCAAUAUGGAUAAAACUAAUAAAGAAUUGAACUUUUUUUCAGAAUUUGAAUGCUCUACUAUCUAUUUUAUCUCUAUAUGUUUACUGGAUGUUCAUAAUUCAUUUUUUAUCAUUUAUUUUUCCUUGAAAAUAUUUAAAACUUUUCUUGAGAAAAAAAGAAAUAUUAAAUGCUUGAAAAAAUUAUUAAAUGAAUUCAUCUGGAAGGAUAAAAAGUUAUUGGAAAAAAAUUAUGAAAUUGUUCAAUAAAUUUUAAGGAAUGUGUAUAUAUAUUAUUAUAUAUUGUUUAAUAAAAUGCUAAUUUUAUACAAAUAA